AUGCUCACCAUUGAGUGGACCAAGGAGGGCGGUUGGUCCGCCCCCAAGAUCGCUCCCUACCAGAACCUGUCCCUUGAUCCCGCCACCUGCGUCUUCCACUACGCAUUUGAGUGCUUCGAGGGCAUGAAGGCCUACCGCGACUCCAAGGGCCAGUUCCGCCUCUUCCGCCCCGACAUGAACGCCAUCCGUCUCAACAAGUCCGCCGCCCGCAUCGCCCUCCCCACCAUCGAUCCCGAAGCGCUGACCAAGCUCAUCGCCGAGUUCGUGAAGCUCGAGUCCCGCUUCAUCCCCAACCAGCGCGGUUACUCUCUCUACCUCCGCCCCACCAUGAUCGGCACGCAAAAGACGCUCGGUGUCGGCCCUCCCGGCUCGGCUCUCCUGUACGUCAUCGCUUCUCCCGUGGGUCCUUACUACCCUACCGGUUUCAAGGCCGUCUCCCUCGAGGCUACCGACUACGCCGUCCGCGCCUGGCCCGGUGGUGUGGGUGACAAGAAGCUCGGCGCCAACUACGCCCCCUGCAUCGUGCCCCAGUUGGAUGCUGCCAGCCGCGGUUUCCAGCAGAACCUCUGGCUCUUUGGCGAGGAGGAGUUUGUGACCGAGGUCGGCACCAUGAACAUGUUUGUCGCCAUCAAGGACAAGGCGACCGGAGAGAAGGAGCUCAUUACCGCUCCGCUUGACGGCACUAUCCUCGAGGGUGUCACUCGCGACUCCGUCCUCAGCCUUGCUCGGGAGAGGCUCAUCCCCCAGGGCUGGAAGGUCUCGGAGAGGAAGUACACGAUGCAGGAACUGGCCGACGCGUCCAAGGAGGGCCGUCUUCUCGAGGCCUUUGGCUCCGGCACCGCGGCCGUGGUCAGCCCCGUCAGGGCCAUCAGCUGGAAGGGCCAGCUCGUCAACUGCGGUCUCAAGGAUAGCGAGGAGACGGGUCCCGUUGCCCUGCAGAUGAAGGAGUGGAUUGAGGCUAGGCAGUACGGUGAUGAGGAUCACCAGUGGAGCCACGUCGCUGUUUAA